AUGGCGGCGUUGCUGCAGCAGGAGUUGGACGUGGGGGAGAUCUCCAAACUCCCCAAAAACAUCGUGAACAAAGUGGAGAGGCUUCUGGAGGAGCAGCAGUACGAGCUGGACUCUCUGAAGGCCCAACAUGAGCAGCUCCGGGUGGACAACGAACAACACUUCUUUGAGAAGGUGCAGCAACUUGAUCGAUGCCAAAAAGACUUUGUGGCCAAGUCCAAGGAGCACUCGGAGCUCACAGAGAAAUUCUCCAAACUCGAGGAGGAGCUCAAAGUUGCCGUCUCUAAGAACAGGGACUAUGCAACUGCACAGGACAAGCUUUCAUCUGAGCAGGUGGUGCUGUCCAAAGCCAAAGAAGAGCUGGAGGCUGAAAAGAGAGAACUUAUCCGGACUCUGGAAAGACGCUCAUUGGAAGUGGAGCAUUUGAAUGAGGAUUUAAGGCAACUCAAUGAAAAACUGGUGCAGGCUGGAACGUCUAAAAUAACUCUGCAGAUGAAGCUCGAUGAACUUGAAACGGCUCAAGUGAACAUUAGGUACAAAGAGCAGCGCAUGGACCAAGAGAAGGAGCUCCUCCAGGGACAGGUGUCGUGGCUCAAAGACGAGCUCCAGGGAAAGAGCCAAGAGCUGCUGUCUCUGUCCCGACAGAAGGGCACUGAGCUGCUGGAGCUGAAGUGCAGCCUGGCCAAUAAGGAGGAUGAGCUCAGCAAGAUCCAGGACCAGAUGGCCAGCUUCAAAGCUUCAAACGAAAACCUGCAGAAACAAAGUGAAGAUCUGGUCAACAAGCUGAAAGAGGCCAAGGUACAACACGCUUCUAUGGAGGAGAAAUUCAGAAAUGAACUCAACGCCAACCUAAAACUGGCGAACUUGUACAAGGGAGCAGCAGCUGAUGCAGAGGCCAAGAGUGAAGAGCUGAGCCAAGCAGUGGACGAGCUACACAAACUGCUGAAGGAGGCGGGAGAAGCAAACAAAGUCCUGGAGGAAAAGGUGGCGGAGAUGAACGCAGACACUGACAAAGCCACCGCGGAGCUGAGGCUGAGGAUCCAGGGCCUGGAGAAGGAGCUGGACAACGCCAACGAGCUGCUGGCUUCGUCUAACCUCAGAGGUUCUGCUGCGUCUUCCUCUCGGACUGACGAGCUGCUGACGACCAUGUCUCCCACCGCGGCUGCCGUCUCAAAGCUAAAACCGAAGAUGAAGCUGACUGAGUUGUACACGGCGUACGUGGAGAGCCAGGAGCAGCUGCAGUUGGAGCGUCUGGAGAACAAGCGUGUGAACACAUACCUGGAUGAGAUCGUGCAGGAGGUGGAGUCCAAGGCGCCGAUCCUGAAGCGGCAGCGAGACGAGCACGAGCGCAUGCAGAAGUCUGUGGCCAGCCUCUCCGCCAAGCUGGAGCAGGCCUUCAAGGAGGUGCAACGACUCCAGAAAGAGGCGGAUGAGGCCACCAAACAUGCGUCUGUCCUGGAGAGAGAAAGCCACCGAGCGGACAUGCAGCUGGCGGACAUGGCUCAGCAGGUGCGUGUGCUGCUGGUGGAGCUGGAGGAGGCGCGAGGAAACCUGGUGAUGCCAGAGGAGGACUGCAGCUCUGCGGACGUCAGCAGCACCUCAGACGUCAUCUCUCAGCACCUGGUGACCUUCCGCAGCGUGGAGGAGCUCCAGAAGCAGAACCAGCGCCUCCUGGUGGCCCUCAGGGACUUGGGAGACGCAGAAGAAAAGAAGGAGUUCGAAGCCACGGGCAGCAAACUGGGAGAGCUGGAGCAGAGUCUGGAGAGGGCCCAGUCAGAGUUGGAGAGUUUGAGAGAGCAGAGGGUUCAGCAGCUGAAGAUGACUGAGUCCAUCGUGAGACAGAGGGACAUGUACCGCGUCCUUCUGGCUCAGGCCACAGGCGUCAACUUCCCCCAGCAAGGAACUCUCCCCGAGGACGGGAGCGCUCUGACCUCGACUCCGAGACGUUCACCUGCGACCACGCCCACCACGGGAACGCCCACCGCCCUGGUAUCCAUGGCAACAGACACGGCAGAGGCACUGGAGGCCAAGGCGGCACUCAGACAAUGUCAGGACAUGUUCACAAACUACAAGAAAGAGCGUCUGGAAAGCGACAAAUUGCUGACAGCACAGAACGAGAAACUCCAGGAACAGGUCUCUGAAGUGCGCUCUGCAAACGCCAAGGUCUCCACGCAGCUCGAGUUCGCCUCCAAAAGGUAUGAGAUGCUGCAGGAUAACGUGGAAGGCUAUCGUAAAGAGAUCGCGUCGCUCCGAGACAAACAGCAGAAGGCCUCCACGACUCUGCAGAAGAACGAGCAGACCAUACUCUCUCUGAACGAGGACCUCAAAGCCGCCAAGGAAGGCCUCGCUCUGGCCCAGGGACAAGUGGAAAGUCUUCGUAAAGAGCGGGACAUGCUGAAGCUGGUGGAGAUGAGGCUCACGCACGAGAAGGAAGCAGCUCUGAGUCAGCAGCAGAGUCAGAACGUCCUCCUCACAAACCUGCAGAACAUCCAGGCCACGCUGGAGAGAUCCGAGAACGACACUCGCCAGCGUCUGAACAGCCAGGUGGAAAAACAGGAGCGAGAGAUCUCCCAGCUGCAGAAGAGGCUGGAGACUGAAGUGGAACAGCGCCACCAUCUGACCAGGAACCAGGAGAUCCAGCUGCUGGAGACCAAGCGGCAGCUGGAGGUUCAGGUGUCUCUGCUUCAGAAGACCAAAGAUCAGCUGAGCUCCGCAGAGAUGGAUCUGUCCACACUGAGGCAGCAGCUGGGGACGGACACACGCCGCCUGAGCACCCCGCCCACGCCAGUCCGCAUCCUGCCUGUGCUGGAGCAGAACCAGGAGGACUUGCACGGCCGUCUACAGUUAGCAGAGACCAGGGCGGAGGAGCAGAUGGAGAGUCUGAAGACUGUCACCGCUAGCAUGGAGCUGUACCGGGCCAUGGCUCAGAGCUUGGAGGAGUCCAUCGACCGAGAGAAGCAGGUGACUGAGCAAGCUCGAUCCUCCAUCGAAACCCGUAUGAAGGAGGCCCAGGACAAGUUCAACAAACUAGAGGAGAAACUGUCCGAGGCCCAGAGAGAGAAGCAGAGUGUGGAGGAUCAGAAGAGAGCUGCUGUGGUCUCUCUGGAGGAGCAGAUCAACGUCCUGAGGAGAGACGCGAGCAGUGAGCACGAGAAACACCAGGAAGUCCUUCAGAAAGUGGCUGUUCUCGAAGCUCAGCUGCAGCAGGCUCAGCAGGACGCUCGUGAGCAGGCGAAGCUGUCAGCCGAGGCCCAGGACAAGUACGAGCGUGAGAUGUUGCUCCACGCGGCGGACGUGGAGGCUCUGCAGGCGGCCAAAGCUCAGGCUCUUCAGGCCGUGGAGCUCCGUAACCAGCUGGAACAGAGGGUCCAGAGGGUCAGUGCCGAGCUGCUGGAGGCCCGGCUGUCCUGGGAGGAGCAGGAGAAGAUCCUCAAGGAGGAAAUGUCUAAAGUGGAAAGUCGCGGAGAGGAGCUGCAGAAGCAAAACUCUCUGCUUCACGAACAGAUCCAGACGCUGAGCAGGAAGAUGACAGAGAGCCUGCAGAGAGCCGCCGGAGAUGGUGGCUCCCUGAACGUCUCUUUGACCGAGGAGGGGAAGUCUCAAGAGCAGGUCCUGGAGAUUCUCAGGUUUGUCCGUCGUGAAAAGGAGAUCGCCGAGUCUCGGUUUGAGAUGGCUCAGGGCGAGAGUCUGCGUUACCGUCUGAGAGUGGAGCAUCUGGAGCGAGAGCUGAAGGAGGUGCAGGACAGUCUGAAUGCGGCCAGAGACAGGAUGCAGGUAACGGCAAAGACUUUGGCUCAGCACGACGAGCUGAUGAAGAAGACCGAGACCAUGAGCAUCCUGGUGGAGACCAAUAAGAUGUUGAGGGAGGAGAAGGACAAGCUGGAGCAAGCCCUGCAGCAAACCCAGGCCAAGGUGCAGAAGCUCGCGUCCGACCUGCUGCCGCUGCAGAUGGCCAACUCUGAGCUGAGUGAGAAAAGUGGAAUGCUUCAGGCCGAGAAGAAGAUUCUGGAAGAGGAGAUCAAACGAUGGAAGACUCGGACUCAGCAUCUGGUGACUCAGCAGAAAGACUCAGACCCGGAGGAGUACAAGCGUUUGACCAGUGAGCGAGAGGCCCACCUGAAGCGCAUCCAGCAGCUGACAGAAGAGGGCGCCAAGGCCGGUCACAUGAACGCGGCGCUGAAGGGGCAGUUGCAGGCGUGCCGCGAAACCCUGGCCAAAAUGACCGAGGAGAGAAACCACCUGAAGUCCGAGGUGGAGGCCCGGAAUCUGGACCAGCAGGAGAAGAUGAAGACCAUCACGCAGGUCAAGAAGAUCGGACGCCGCUACAAGAUGCAAUAUGAAGACCUGAAGCUGAAGCACGACAAGCUGGUGGCAGAGGCUGCAGUGGGACCGUCCCAGGAAGAGGAGAGCCGCCAGGCCUCGGCUCAGGAGCUGCAGGGCCUCAGAGACUCGCUGACCCAGGCGGAGGCGAAGGCCAAGGAGCUGGAAGGACAAGUGGAGAAACUCAACAAGGCGGUGACGGAGCGGGACUCGGAGCUGCGCAGCGGGCAGGAGCAGACGGGCCGCCUGCAGGCGGAGCUGACCCGGGUGAGGCAGGACCUGCAGCUGAAGACCACCCAGGAGGAGACUCUGAGGCAGCAGAUGGUGGAGAAGGAGGAGAAGAUGAAGAAGGCUCUGUACUUCGCCAAGCAGAAGAUCAGCCAGCACAUGACGACCAAGGAGCAGCUGGAGAAGGAGAACGAAGAGUUGAAGCAGCAGCGCGAGGAGCUGGAGGUCCGAGUGGGGGCCCUCAAGUCCCAGUUCGAAGGUCGUCUGAGUCGGCAAGAGCGAGAGCUGAGGGACCUGAGGGGCCACCAGGAGAGACAGGACCAGCGAGACGAACCAGCGGAGGCCGGGCCCAGCAAGGCGCAGGAGCAGCAGAGGAGCGGUGAGCAAAGACAGAUCAGUCUGAAGACCACUCCAGCUGCAGAUCGCGGCAGCGCCAGCACCUCCGAGCCUCCCACCGCCAACAUCAAACCGACCCCCGUGGCCUCGGGCAGCAAACAGACGGCCAUCCCCGGGAACAAGGCCACGCCCAGAGCCAGCAUCAGACCCAUGAUCACCCCGGCCCCUGUGCCCACGCCCACCCCCACCGCCACCGUCAUGCCCACCACCCAAGUGGAGACGCAGGAAGCCAUGCAGUCUGAAGCGCCGCCGGUGGAGCACGUGACGGUGUACGGUAGUGCGAGCGGCUCUGUGCGCUCUGCUAGCCCUAGCGUCCUGACUACGUUAGCUAGCCCCAUGCUAACGGUGCAGCAGGUGCAGAGCCAGGCCACCGCCUUCGUCCAACCAACGCAGCAGCAGAACGUGAGCCACUCCGAGCCGGCCAAUCAGGAGCACCCUCCCAUGGCCCUCGAGGCCCCGCCCACCUCCAGCAGCCAGAUGGAGUGGCCCUCGACGUCCUCCUCGGUGUUUGGGACCGUUUCUGCCACUCCGGGAUCCUCCAUGUCUAAAAGGCCUCGAGAGGAAGAGGAGAGCUCCACUGUGGUCACGGAGGCAGAGGUCCCCACCGAGGACACCUCCAGGGCUCCCAAGAAACUGCGCAUCAUCCAGAGAGUGGGACCAGAGGAGGAAAUGCUGACGGAGGACAGUGCUGAGGCUGAAGGCGUGGUGCCCUCCGACAGCCAGGACGCCACUGAAGCAUCGCAGGACGAAGAGUUGGAGGAUGACGAGGAGAGCGCGGUCCCUCAGUCUGUGAUGGAGCAGGAGGGAACGCCGCGCGAGACCGAGCUACAGAAAGAAGUGAUCGUGAUUCUGACCGACUCCGAGAGCGAGGAAGUCCAGGAAGAGGAGGACGAGGAGGAGGACGAUGAAGAGGAGGAGGAAGAGGACGAUGAACAAGAGUAUGAAGAGGAGGAGGAUGAGGACGACGAGGAUGAAGAGGAGGAUGAUGGAGAGAUGGAGGAAGAGGAGGCGGAGGACAGUAACGAGGGCAGUGGAGACGCAGAGGCCUACGAGGAGGACGAGCCCGAGGGAGCUGAUGUCACGGACCCAGGGACGGAGACUGAGGAGAACGUGGGGGUGUCGGACUCCACCCAGAGGCCCGCGGAUUCCCAGACGCCCAGCUACGAGGCCAGUGCAGCGGAGGCCUUCUCAGAGCAGACCGUCUCAGGCUCAGGCUCCAGGAUGCCACCGUCUCCCAGGAGAAGCCACCAGCCCCCACGCAUGAGCCCCCACCCCGGCUCUGAGCUGGGGGCCCCCGCUCAGCUCCAGCGUCUUCCCGGCCGCAGACAGAUGCCUCUCUCUCACAGCGUUCCCGGCAGCUCUCAGCACUCGGAGGAUGACGAUCGCCUGGUUCCCAACGCUCCCACUCCGGUCGCACCGCAGCGCUCGGAUGGGUACGACCAGGCCAUGCAGUCUCCUCAGAGCGGUUUCUCGCGCUUCAGGAUGUCGGCCCCAGAGGAGGUCCCUCAGACCAGCUCCUCAGACCUGGGAGAGCUGUCGUCAGGAGGAGGUUCGAGCCUGUUUCUGGCUGAUGAAGAGUAUGGAGUUCGCAGUGUUCCCAGUGCUCCGCUGCAGUCGGCUCCAGGGUCGGGCUUCUCUGAGGCCGCUCCCUCAGACUCCACAGACCAGGCGUCCCAGUCCGUUCCCAUGGUAACCACCUCCACUCCGGGGCUGGUGUCGGGGAGCGGGGGCCAAGCGGAGGACCAGGACGACUUCCUGGAGGCCGACUCAGACCGGUCCGGUCUGGAGGCGUCGGUGCAGCCCGGCUCUCAGGCUGAAGCAGCAGAGCCCAGUGCUGCCAGUGUCCCCAACACCAGCCAGGAGCCGUCCUCCAGCUCUGCAGCUCCAAACAGGCCAGACACCAGCAGUAAUCGAGGUCGGCCCUCGCGCUCGGGGCCCAGGGGCCAACUGCAGCGAUGGUCUGAGGCCCGGGGCCGCAUGAAGAGAGGUUUCGCUCGCGGUCUGCACCGGAGAUGA